AUGUCUAGUGGUGAUUCCGGUAUUGGUCGAGCUGUUGCUUUAGCAUUCGCACGUGAAGAUGCAUCAAUAGUCAUUUCAUAUUUAAAUGAAGAUGAGGAUGCUGUAAAAAUUCAAAAAGCUGUUGAAGAAUCCGGUCUGUUUGAUUUGGUUCGAUAUGCAGUUCCACAUAUGCCAAAAGGUGGAGAAAUUAUUAAUGUUGGUUCAAUUCAAGUUUAUGAUCCAUCAGCUGAAAUCUUAGAUUAUGCAACAACAAAAGCUGCUAUUGUUGGUUUUACAAAAGAUUUAGCUCGAAAACUUUUAGAAAAAGGAAUUCAUGUUAACUGUGUUGCGCCUGAAUCUGUAUGGACACCAUUAGUUGUUGCAUCAUUUUCAAAAGAAAAAAAUUCACAAUUUGGAUCAAAUUAUCUAAUUAAACGACCAGCACAAGCACGAGAAUUAGCACCAGCAUUUGUCUUCUUAGCUUGCGGAGUUGAUUCAUCAUAUGUAUCUGGUAAACUUCUGGCGGUCACUGGUGGUGAACCAACAGUUUAG